UGCGUCUACGUCGUUUGAACUGAAUAUCGGUUGCGUUCAGUUUAUUUUCGAUUUAUCCGAGAGUGUUUGUGAACGCAUUACACUGAUAUGGCAACAUAAGUGUGUUUGCUUACAUAAAGCCGAACAAUAGAACGCCAGCGGCGUACCGGUGUUGACGGCUCUGCUAGUAAUUCAAUAUUACAACUUAUUUAUCUUGUGCUGUGUAGAUGUGCUUGUAACAAUGUGACCGCUCUCCGGAAAUCCACUUCCAACAAUCAAUGAACUAUCGUUCCCUCAACUAUUUAUUAUUUUUUGUGAUUUUUACUUUUAUUUUUUUAUUAUUAAAUUAGAAUGGCUAAAUCGGAGUUAUCUGGAUCAAAAAUAUCGAACGAGGCAGAAAUGUUGCCGUUGAAGUCAGAUCCAAAGAUCGACUUGCAGAACAUGAGUUGCGGUGAAAAACUGAAAUACGUAAAGUCAAAUAUAACAGUAGAGCCUGUUUUGGCAUUUUUUGUUAUGCCAAGUGUGUUAGCGAUGCUCGCGACACAAAAUCUUAAUUUAGAUAAGGCGUGUCGAGUAAAUCUAGAUUUCGGCGAUGAAGUAUGUACAGCACUGAGACGUAGACAGCGCGCGAAUCAUACUUUUGAAGAAGACGAGGUACAGAAGCUGAUAGCGUCAGUGCAGGCGUGGAAAAGCGUGAUCCAUACAGCUGUGCCCACAGUGUUGAUGUUGUUCAUCGGAGCGUGGAGUGACAAAACCGGCAAACGGAAGAUUUGCAUGCUGAUGCCGAUCUUUGGGGAGUUCAUGUCGUGCUUACUCAACAUGACAAACACGUACUUCUUCUACCAAGUCCCCGUGGAAUGGACUGUUUUUAUGGAAGUGAUAUUCCCGUCGCUCACUGGCGGCUGGUAUACGAUGUUCCUGGGUGUAUUUAGCUACCUAGGCGAUAUAACUUCAAAGGAGACGAGAAUGUUUCGUAUGGGUAUAUUGAAUCUGUGCAUGACUAUGGGUUUUCCCAUAGGGAUGGGCCUCAGUGGUGUUCUGUUGCGCUACCUGGGUUUUUACGGAGUAUUUUCUAUAUCCGCCACACUGCAGUUAAUCAAUUUCUGUUACGUAUGGUAUGCUAUUGAGGAUCACACGUGGCUCGAGAAUAAGAACAGGGUAAGCAUAAAGAAACCCGGCUGCACAGGAUUUCUUCGGGAAUUCUUUGAUGUUAAAAGUCUGAGGGAUACACUAGAGAUUGCUUUCAAAAAAGGACCCCGGAAUAGAAGACUGAGGAUAUGCCUUAUUUUAACUGGAGUUUGCUUGUAUUUUGGAUCCUUAUGGGGCGAACUCAGCGUUAUGUACAUAUUUACGCGGUACCGGUUCAAUUGGGACGAAGUUAAAUACAGUAUCUACUCCACUUACCACCUGAUCACUCACUCACUCGGUACACUAUUCGCUAUAAGUGUGCUCAGUAGGAAAUUGAAAUUUGAUGACGCUACUCUCGGAAUAACAUCUACUAUCAGCAAGAUCUGUGGGUGUCUUGUGUUGGCAUUCGCCAGGAAUAACUAUGAAGUUUAUAUGGCCCCUCUCCUUGAGAUAUUAAACGGGACGACAGCCAUCGCCUUAAGGUCAAUCGCCUCGAAACUAGUUUCUUACCAGGAAUUUGGUAAAGUGUACUCGUUGUUCGGCGUGAUGGAGACGAUGAUGCCGCUGAUCGCCGCGCCGGUGUACUCCUGGGUAUACAUCUCAGUGCUGCACGUGCUGCCCGGCGCUGUCUUCCUGCUCAGUGUUGCUGUUACCGUCCCUGCACUUUGUAUAUUCGGAUGGUUCUACCACCAGCACAAAAAAGAUGAAAAGGACACGGCGCUUAGAUGUAAAUACGACUACACUGUUAACUGCCGAUCCUCCUGCAGUUAACCCGUAAAUAUAUUCUCUCUGCUGUAGUUUAAGACCAUUUUGUAAUGUAUAGCUAAUUUUACGUAAGUCAGUAUUAUUUUGUUACCUAUAACGCGGUAGUCAUUUUUAUUUUUGUAAUAUUUGCUUGGUUUAAUUUUUUUUUCUAUUAGCCUUGUUUUUGUUUAUAGAAUUAAAAAAAAAUAUUAAUACUGUUAAAUCAAUUCUCUUGACAAUGAGUGAGAAUCCUUAUUGCUGGUUGUCUAUAAUAAUAACUAUCUUAAAAUAUAUUGUUCCCUAAUAUUGAUACUCAAUAUCUAUUGGCUUGCUCUCUAUCUAUGACGGGAGGGACAAGUGCGAUGGGCGCUUUAGUUGCGCUUCUGCCUACCCUUCAAGGAAUUAUGUAUUUGAAAAAAAAAUCUCACUGUAAAGCCGAUCGUAAUAAAUAGAUCUUUUCAUUCUUCUUCCAUCUUACACAAAAAAUAAUAUCUUAAAACUUAUUCCUAUAACUCUGGAAUAUAAACAUUGUUACCAUCGUUGAAUCUGAUUCGUUAGAAUCUGUUUAAGUCAUUAUCUAUAGAUUUUAGAAUGUGCUUUAUUUAAGUCAAAUUGUAAAUGCGAACUUAAUUUUAAGAAUAUUGUACUUUGUCUUGUUUGUAACCUUUUUAUGUGAAAUAAGUUAUUAUUAUUUUUAAA